AUGCGUCCGAAAUCACAUCCAUCGAAGGGGUCGCGCCGGUCAGCGCAGACCGGGGAUCUGGGAUUUGUGCAGCGGUCUCGCCAGCGACUGGCUACAGCCAACUUGAUCAAAUAUGGAUCUCCUCCUUGGCCCCGGCGCUUAACCGCAGCAAAUCAGUCUUUGCUGCUGGAGAACCCCUCUUCCUUGGGCAUCCAAUUUACGUAA